CCUAGCUCCCUUGCCUGCGGUUUCGUUCCUCGUUCCUCGUUCCUCUCGCAACUCGAACAAUCCUCGUUCCCGCGCUAAUAACCCGUUUCGCCGCGAUCUUUGCUGGUGCUGGCCCGAGCCAAAACAAAAUUGCGCGGCUGCGUGUCAUGUCGGAACAAUCGCCAGCUGCGCCGUUACCCGCCAAGAAGAGAAAAGCGCACCGAAAGUCGCGGACGGGUUGCCUCGGCUGCCGGAUCCGCAGAGUAAAAUGCGACGAGGGACGACCGCGCUGUCGUGCCUGUCUCCGUCGCAAUGAGUCGUGUCGCUAUCCAGAUGAGUCGGCUCCCGUCAAGCUGACCACCAGCGAGGGCGAAGCGCCCCGGGCACGCGCCACCUCCAAUGGUCCGAGUUUGGAUUUGAGCCCGACGGGCGAGGCCUUGGCGACUCCCGCUCUGCUCCCUGACAGGACGCGACUCGAUGGUCACGGUGGCGGCACCGUAGCGAUCGGCCAGCUCCUCAACUCUCCGCAUGACGCCUCGACCCCCAGCUCCGCGUCGACUCCAAACACAGCCACAACCCCUGCCUACAACGAUGCGGCCAUUCCAUCCGGACUCUUCGGCAUCAGGGACCUGGCUCUGCUGCACCACUGGACCGUCUCCACGAGCAGCUCAAUCUUCAACUCGGCCGACGUCAACGACCUUUGGCAGGUCACGUUUCCGCAGGUCGGGCUCGAGUACCCGUUUGUAGCGCACGCCAUCCUCGCCGUGGCCGCCCUGCACCGGUCCUACCUCGAUGGCUCGCAGGGCAGAUCCGGCCUGCUGGACGAGGCGGCCUCGCACCACGAAAAGUCCCUCGCGGGGUUCCACGACGUGGUCCAGCACCUGACGGCCGAGAACUGCGAGGGCCUGCUGGCGUGGUCGCUCCUCAACAUCCUCUACACCUUUGCCCUCUCCAGGCAGCUGGCCGGCCGCACCGAGGGCUCCCGGCACCAGCGGCACCUGCGGCAGCAGCACUCCCGCAAGGACCGGCUGCUCGGCGUCGAGUGGAUCCCCAUGAUCCGCGGCGUCGACGCCGUGCUGUCUUCGUACUACCACUCCCUCCUCGACGGGAGGAUGGCGCGCCUCCUCACGUUUGGCAACUGGAAGGAGCUGCAGCUGAGGGACGACGACCCGGACCCCAUGGAUGCGGAGCUGCGGCGCAUAAGGGGCGCCUGGGCGGACGACAACCCAGACGCGGGCGUCUACGACGAGGCGUUGCACAUCCUGAGGAAGUGCCGGGCGUACACGGGGCAGUUCGCCACGAUGGACGCCGACACGCUGAGCCGCUGGGACUGCAACCGCGGGUGGGCGGGGCCGAUGGCUUUUGUGCACUUUGCCCCCGAGAGGUACUUUACCCUGCUGCACCAGAGGCAGCCGCCCGCGCUUGUUCUCUUUGCCUACUUUGGAGCAUUCUUCCACGUGCUGGAUGGGUAUUGGUAUCUCGAAACCUGGGGCAGGGAGAUAGUUGAAGUUGUAGACGAUAUCCUCGGCAGCUACUGGAGGCCGUGGAUUCAGAUCCCAGCUACGAUUGUUGGGCUUGAAUGAGAGUUGCGCCCGGUAAGAAGUUUAGUUGUCAAAAGACGAAGCGUUUUUUGUCGUACAAGACAUGUCUUGACAUCAUGAAUAUGGGCUUGGUGUUGAUAUUGAAGGAUUGUCAAAAACCAAUCGCGGAUUUAUUCUUCCGAUCGUAUAAUCCAGCGUUUCAACGGAACAAACACAGUUUUACUGGAGCUGCUGUUUCGAACACACCUGACUAAUGCAAGACGAGAAUAGUUCUGACGAAAAAAAAAAGGGGGAAAAACGAAAAAAAAAAGGGGGAACCAAAAUUCUUCAAAAAGCCGCCCCUGUCAGGAGGGAGGCGCAAUCUCAGUGCCGACCGGCAAGGGCUCACCCAGGUCGGGGGCGUCGUCCCUCCAAGAGAUGGGCUGGAUAAACGUUUUGCGCGUGGUGCCGCACCCGUCCCUCUCGUUCAGGUUCGCGUGGAAGACCUGCCAAUCCUGGGUGCCGUCGGGGCUCUUGAAGAAGGCGUUGUGGGCGGGGCCGUAGAGCCCGUUGCCCGUGGCGAAGAUGGGGUCGGGCAGCUUGCCCCACGAGCUGGGGCUCAUUGGGUCGCCGCCGCCCCCGCUCGAUGGGUCGUAGCGGAGCGCGCCGAGCUUGUAGGCGGGGGUGUUGCACGAGUCGGCCGAGUAGACGAUGUAGCUGGUGCCCGACGGCGACACGAGCCCGUAGGGGCCCUCCAGCACCGCCGAGUCGGACUUUUCCCAGUCGAACUCGGGCGCCGCGAUCAUGGUGGCGUUGCUGCAUGUCGUCGGCGAGAGGAGCUCGGCGAUCCAGAGGGACGCGCCGGCUGGGCUCUGCGGCCCGUGGACGGACGAGUACUAGACGAGGGCAGGGGUGUAAGCUUGGCAUCCUUGUGCAUGGACGAUGGUGGUGGAAAUAUUGGACUUCAUCUCACAAUAAAAUAAGUCGUAUUGUUGAUGUCAAAGAUUGUCUGUAAGCGUUGCAAGCAGUGGCAUUUAGCAAAAUGAACACCAUUCCAAGUAUGGAGUUGCCAAG